AUGGAUACGGAUUCUCAGACACAGCGUCGUAGCCGACGCCGACGAGCUCUUGCAUGUACCCAAUGCCGAAAGAGGAAGCUCAAGUGCGAUCACCAACGCCCUUGCACCAGUUGCCAGAGGUCGAAGGAUAGGAUAUGCAUCUACCCAGAGCCAUUGGCUGCAGUGCGGUCGCAGACUGUUCCCGAUUCUCAUGCCAGCCCGCUACCACAAUGUUCAACACAGCCCGAGCCCGAGCAAGCAGUCAUUUCCCGGCCCCCUAGGCCUGCUGCGAAAUCCUCAGAACCAGGUCAAUCUCCAUCUGAGACUAGGGUAUGGCAUUCGUCAUCUCUCGGUAGUGUUCUUGUCACCAAGACUCCCACACCUGCAUGGAGUGGAGAUACGGCGGUUGUCGCCGCAUCACCGGCAAACGUGCCGGAUAAUGCCCGACCUGAGCCGGCAGAGAAGUCCCCCACCAUCGGCUCGUUGACGGAUUUGUCGGCUCCGCCUACCAUGUUGAUGGCCAAGUCAAGAUACCUCCCGCCGGGUCAUUGGCUACAUUCAGCAAUGUUGUCUCUGCCGACUCUGAAAUGGUUAGAUCAGGAAGUAUCUAAGCAGGGAGACUGCUGGCAAGGCCUUCAACGCUGCAAAGCAUUAGGAGAGAGUCUCAAGGCUCAACGUCUUCUCUUGCGAAUACCUGGACAAUAUGGGUCACACCUACCGGAUCAAACUACGUCGGAUCAGUUGUUUGGCAACUAUCUCCGCACAUUCGAGACCGUGUAUCGUAUUUUUCACGUACCAACCUUGAAAUUGGAGUACGAAGGCUUUCUACUGAAUCCCAAUGGAUCAAGCUCAACUUUCAUCAUAGUAUUCCAGCUGUGCCUGGCGCUCGGAGCAUGCAUCCACGACGAUACCUUUUCGAUGCGCUCAUACGCUCUUCAGUGGAUUUACGAGGCUCAAGAAUGGCUAGAUUCUUCAGAGAAAAGACGUACAACCAUUACCGGUGUCCAGGUUAUGUGCUUACUUCUUCUAGCUCAGCAGGCAACAGAAUCGAUCUACGGCGAUCGGGUAUGGAUCCUUGGCGGGACUCUCCUCCGUGCUGCCAUGUGCAUAGGGCUUCAUCGCGAUCCGGCGAGGCUACCGCGCAUGUCGAUAUUCCAAGCCGAAAUGCGCCGUCGCCUGUGGACAGUAAUACUGGAGCUCGUUCUUGAUUCAAGCAUUGAUUCUGGCCAGCCAGCCCUUAUCUCACAAGACGACUACGACUGCGAGCUUCCUUCUAACGUUGAUGAUGAUCAGAUCGGGCCGGACAAGGACGCUCCUAUAGUUGUCAAAGACCAGAAGUCUUUCACAGACGCGUCGAUUCAGAUAGCCUUAGGACGCUCCAUUCCCCUCAGGCUGUCUAUAUCUAAGCACUGGAGCAGGAUUAAGCCAGAGACGGAGUACACAACUGUGUUGCAUCUAAGCUCACAGCUGAGGGCUGCGCGCCAGUCUCUCAUCAGUACUCUCCACGCAUUCCACCCAAAAACGUCACAGUUCCAGCAUCAGCUUUGCGACAUGGUGCUUAUUCGCUACGUUUUCAACCUCCACAUGCCGUACGUCGCCAUGUCGGAUCCAGCGUUUUGCCACUCUCACAAGACAUGCGUCGACGCCGCUAUGAAGCUUUCCUAUCUCACCCUUCCGCUAUCGCAACUAGACGAGCCGUUAUCGGAAGUAAUGCGGGCGACUUCUGGGGUCGCAGAGCAGUGUACAGACUUUAUGCGCUUGGCUCUCUGCGGUUCGGGGCCGUUCAGAACGGCGCAGCACAUUGCAACAAGUGUCAUCGCCGUACAUCUUGGUUCCCUUGUGGCGGAGAAAGAUAUCCUUGAGACGGGGUCGGCGCUCCGCAUCGCGGAAGAGCUUUGGUUGCUUCGCGCAGGCAUAAGAUUGACGGAGCAGCGCAUCAGAGCUGGGCAAGAGAACGUCAAAGACUAUGUUUUCUUCGCUGUUAUCCUCUCCAAUAUUGAGGCUACGAUGAAGGGUAACCCAGUUGAGAACGCAAUGGCACAACGGGGCCGCGAGGCGAUAGAUCAUGCAGCUGAUAUUCUCAUGGAAAUGGUCAAGGAUCAGCCAACAUUACAAGAGAUGCCUGCCUCUUCCAUUGAUGAAGGCGACUUGGACAUGGUAGGGGCUUUCUGGGCUUGCGAGUUUCCGGAUGUAGGGUGGAAUGACCCUAUGCUGGCAAUAGAGAUGUGA